AUGCGCAACCUUUUUAGAAGCGGUCCUCAUUUGGAGCAACCCGUAGCCGACCAGGGCGAAACGAAGGAUAUCAACAAGGCUGGUCAAGCCCUAGUAGUCGAUAUCAAACGCCCCAUCGACGACUCGAGUGGCAUUGAGUCCUUCACCGUAGAUGCACACAAUGGUGUCAAGAAGAUUGAGGCUACCACCACCCUGUGGGAUAAGAAGUCUCUCAUCGCUGCGUAUAUUUUGAUGUGGAUGAUCAUGUUUGGAACUUCGGGGUAUCUCAUUACUUUCGGGACUAGCCCUUGCCAACAGCAUUCGUUGACAGCUUACAUUGGAGUCAUGUCUAGUAUCAUUGGUGGAGUACUCAAGCUUCUCCUGGCCAAGACUCUGGAUAUCUUUGUUCGACCGCAGGGAUUCGCUCUCAUGGCUGCUUACCUAGUUAUCGGUUUAGUAGCGGCUUGCAACAACGUGCAGACAUACGCUGCAGCCAGAUCUUCUACUGAAUUGGCCAUGUCGUACGUCAUCUCGAUUUUCAUCGCGGACACAUCUCAUCUCAAGAAUCGUGCCUUCAUGUUUGCGUACGUCAGCUCGCCAUACAUCGUCGCCGUCUGGAUAACCGGACCCUUGGAAACUGCCUACCUUGCUGGCGCUGUGCGAGCCGGCAUUAUCCUCCCAAGCAAGAGCAAUCGCAGCUUCAUCGAAUCCGUCAAGUACUACGCCAUCGAGUUCGAUGUUGGUGGUCUCGUGAGCGGCUUAGUGUUCCUCUUGCCAUUCAGUCCAUACUCCUACCAAGAUGGGCAGUGGAAGAGUGCCUUUGUUAUUUUCUUCCUGGUCACCGGCGGGCUUAUGCUCAUUAGAUUCGUACUCUACGAGAAUUUUGUUGCUCCGAAGAGUUUCAUGCCCUUCGAGGUUCUGCUCGACCGCACUGUUCUUGGUGCUUGCAUUGUCUCAGGCGCCUUCCUUGUCAGCUUCUUCAUCUGGAACGCGUACUUUUUCUCCUACCUCACCGUGUGGAUUGCACUUUACUUCGGUGUGCCGGUUUCGAUGCUGGGCGUAGGGCUUUUGAUUCACUUCUGGAAUAACUCUAAUUUGGCUGCUAUGGCUGCGACGACGCAUCAGUAUGUCGCUGUGGUUCUGGCCGUCGAAGGCAUGUUCUCGAGCGUCGGCGGCGGCACCGGCAGCUCGAUAUCUGCAGUUCUGUGGACUGUUAUCUUCCCAGCCAAGUUGGCCGAAUACCUGCCUGCUGAAGUGCAAUCAUCCCUUAUGGCCAUCUAUGCCGAUAUUGUAACGCAGACAUCGUAUCCUAAAGGCACCCCCACGAGAAUCACAAUCGCGCGAGCAUACAGAGAUUCCUAG